AUGAAUAAAAGAUAAUAAACUGAGCAUGAGAAUCUAAAAAUCAAAAGAGCUCUUAUGAGAAAAUAAAUAAAUUAAUCUCAUAGAAUUGAUACAGAAUUUGAAAUUGAUGAUAGAUUUCGUUCAAAUUCUUUAUUUGUAAAAAAUGAAGAAUUUGAUGUAGAAGACUCUAUUUAAUAUGAUUAAUAAGCUUGGGAACGUAUAGAUAAAUGGACUUAAAGUUCUCCAAAUUAAAGAAACAGUUGUUCUUGGGUUAUAUUUUAAGAUUGUUUAUAUAUAUUUGGUGGAUUCACUUUUAAUGGAAGAUUAGAUGAUGUUCAUAGAUAUUAAUUUCAUUCUAGUUAAUGGUAAAGACUAGACACAACAGGAUCUAAACCAACUGCAAGAGAAAAUAAUGGAGCUAUUGAAUAUAAAGGUUAAAUGUACAUUUUUGGGGGAUGUGAUGGAUUAUUAUGGCUCAAUGAUUUUUAUUCAUUAAAUCUAAAAACUCUUAAUUGGAAAAAAAUUGAACCUACUGGUCAAUGUCCAUCUGAAAGAUUUGGAAUAGCUUGUGGAGCUUAUUAAACUAAAAUGCUUAUAUUUGGAGGUUGUGAUGGUAAUCAUUAUUUAAAUGAUGCUUAUGUUUUUGAUUUUGAAGAAAAAGUUUGGAAUAAGUUAUAAUUAAUUGGAGACAUUCCUUCUACUAGAUCUUGUCCUUCUUUUAGUGUAUUAAAUAAUUAAAUAUAUAUUUUUGGUGGAUUUGAUGGAGUAAAUAGAUUAAAUGAUUUUUAUAAAAUUAAUAUUUUUACAGGUAAAGUUAAAAGAAUUAGUUAACAUGGCACAAUACCAUGUCCAAGAUAUGUAUAUAUAUUUUAAUUCAUUUUUAGUUUCAUGCUUCUGAAAUUUAUUAAAAUAAAUUAUUAUUAUUUGGUGGAUUUAAUGGUUAAGCAAGAUUAAAUGAUUUAUAUGAAUUUGAUUUCGGAAAUAAAACCUGGAAAAAAUUAGAAGUACAUGAAUCUCCUAAAGGAAGAUCAUCUAUGGUAUUUUAAAUUUAUAAUGAUUCUCUUUAUAUUUUUGGAGGAUAUGAUGGAGAUGAACUUCUAAAUGAUAUUUAUAAACUAGAAUUCAAAAAUGCAUAGAUUCCAAGAUCUAGCUUUUUAUAAGAUUUAAAUUCUUUAAUUAAUAAUCCUUUAAUGAGUGAUGUCAUUUUUCUCAUAGAAGAUCGUUAAAUUUAUGCUAAUAAAUGUAUUCUAGGAGCUAGGAGUGAACACUUUUAAACUUUAUUUUUCGAAGAAUUUAGAGAUAAAGAAUAAAUAUAUAUAGAAAUUACUGAAUGUGGCUAUUAAACAUUCAUGGACAUGCUUUUAUAUCUCUAUACUGAUCAAUUAGAUUUUUCCUUUAAUACAAAUAGACUUUUAAAUCUUAUCAUUUUAUCUGAUCAAUAUUUGCUAUUAAGAUUAAAAUAUCUAUGUGAAGAAUAAUUGACUAGAAAAAUUAAUUUUAAUAAUGUUAUUGAAUUAAUCUUAUUUUCUAAAAAGUAUAAUUUAUAUUUAAUUUAGAUACAAUUCUAAAUUAUUACUCGCCUAAACUAUGAAAUAUUUAGUUGAUAAUAUUUCUACCAUUAAAAAAAGAAAAGAUUUUAAUAAAUUAGCCUAAGAACCUGAGAUACUUUUAGAAAUAAUACAAAAAAAAUGUUGA